AAAAAGAAAAAAGAAGAAGAAACAAACGCUUCUCUCUCACUCUACAUCCCAAUUCACACUGCUCUAUAUAUACGUAGAUCUCUCCAUUUCUCCAUCUCUCUCUCCAUUUCACACUUUCUACUUUCAUUUUACCGAAUACCCACAAACAAAGAACAAGAAAAGAAAUUAGAUAAAGCUGUGUGUGUGCGCGUUUCUUUUUAUUUGAUUGAUUGACGGAUAGAGAGAUUUGAUAGAUAAAAGAGAAUUAAUUAUAAUGGGUUCGCUUCCGCCGGAACUGAGCUUGGAUUUUAGGCCAAGCUAUGUACCUAAAACGAUCAGUGAUAUUCUAAAGGAGGUUUCUUUGAUCAGGAAUGUUUCUGAUAAGGUUUCGAAGCUUGAUGGUUUUGUUAACGGAUUACAAGAAGAAAUGAAAAAGAUCGAUGCUUUUAAACGCGAGCUCCCUCUUUGUAUGCUUCUCUUGAAUGAUGCAAUUCUAUUUUUGAAAUCAGAGUUAAUGCAAUGCGCAGCAUUAGACCAUCAACCAAUUUUAGAAGAAUUCAUGCCACUGAAGAAACACAGCGAUCGCGAUGACGAUGACGAUGGUGAUCAAGAUGGUCCAAUCAAAAAGGAAAAAGAUACUAAAGAUAAGAAAAAUUGGAUGAGCUCUGUUCAGUUAUGGAACACUGAUGAUCAUCCUUCUACCCAUAACAUUCUUGAGACAAAACAAAAUCUCCAACUAGAAUCUAAGACAACUAAGAAAGGAAAUUAUCAGUAUGCAAAUGAUGAUACAUUCUCAGCAUGUAAAAGCAGGAGUGCAGCAAGAGCAUUUAUGCCAUUUAAGACCUAUCCUGAUUUAUCAAGGAAGGAGGAUAAGCACAGUACUCAGGAAUUGCCAGUUCCUGGUCUUUCUCUUUUAACUCCUGGAAUCAAGAACUUGAGAGAGGAAUCUACUUCAACAGGCUCAAGAGUCAGCUGUAGUAGAGCAGUUUCCUCUUCUACCCCUAAUCCUCAAUCAAAUUUACGAAAUGGACCACAAUCACCUCAACAACAGACUGCUAGGAAGCAGAGAAGGUGCUGGUCCCCAGAGUUGCAUCGCCGGUUUGUCAGUGCUCUGCAGCAACUUGGAGGAUCUCAAGCUGCUACUCCAAAGCAAAUUAGAGAACUCAUGCAAGUUGAUGGCUUGACCAAUGAUGAAGUAAAGAGUCAUUUGCAAAAAUACCGGCUUCAUACACGAAGAAUGCCAUCAGCUACAGCUGCCGCUACAAACCAUUCUUUAGUUGUUUUGGGGGGAGGCUUGCGGAUGUCUCAAGAUCAGUAUGGUGAUGACUCAAAGGCUGCUGGUUCCCAGUCUGGCUCUCCUCAAGGUCCCCUGCAGUUGGCAGGAAAUACAGGGGCGACCUCCACUACAGGAGGUGAUAGUAUGGAAGAUGAUGAGGAUGCCAAAUCUGAGGGCUAUAGCUGGAAAAGUCAAAUUCACAGAUCAGGAAAAGUUCAUGUAUAGAGUAUAUCCACCAUGAAUUUUGCAGAUAAAAGUAUACAUGGGAGGAUUAUAUGACUUGAAAAGAAAAAUAAUACACAAAUUUUUAUAUGUUCGAGAGGAAUCUGUGGGAGUGAGAAAUUUUGCAGAUAUAGCUUUCCUUCUGUCUUGAAAUUGAGUUUUGUAAUCGCUCGGAAUUGAUAUUAAGAAUUCAGAUACCCAUGUUUGCAUGGAAGAACGAGGCCCUAUUCUCAUA